AUGGCUGCGGCCCCGCGGCGCUGCCGCGGCUGCUGCUGCUGCUGGCGGCGCUGGCGGCGGCGGCUGCGCUGGCAGCGGUGGGCGCUGGCGGCCGGGCUGCUGGGCGCCGCCGCCGCGCUCGCCCUGUACUCGGCGCUGCCCGAGCCGGCGCGGGCGGACGGCGAGGCGGUGACCGUGCUGCUGUGGUGGGAGCCCUUCGGCCGCCCGCGGCGCUUGCCCGACUGCCGGCGGCGCUACAACAUCAGCGGCUGCCGGCUGAGCGCCGACCGCAGCCGGUUCGGCGAGGCGCAGGCGGUGCUGUUCCACCACCGCGACCUGGCGCGGCACGGCGCCGAGGGGCUGCCCCGAGGGUCCCCGCCGCGGCCCCCGCGCCAGCGCUGGGUGUGGAUGAACUUCGAGUCGCCGUCGCACUCGCCCGGCCUGCGGGGGCUGGGCGGGCUCUUCAACUGGACCAUGUCCUACCGCCGCGACUCCGACGUGUUCGUCCCCUACGGGUACCUCUACGUCCCGCCGGCGCCCCGGCCCUUCGUCCUGCCCCGCAAGACGCGGCUGGUGGCCUGGGUCAUCAGCAACUGGAACGAGGAGCACGCCCGGGUGCGCUACUACCGCCAGCUGAAGGAGCACCUGCCCAUCGACGUGUACGGGGCGCGGGGCAUGGCGCUGGCCGAGGGCGGCCUGGUGGAGACCGUCUCAGCUUACAAGUUCUACCUGGCCUUCGAGAACUCCCAGCACACCGACUACAUCACCGAGAAGCUCUGGAGAAACGCUUUCUCCGCCAGCGCUGUGCCCGUGGUCCUCGGACCCCGCAGGGCCAACUACGAGCGCUUCAUUCCCCCCGAUUCCUUCAUCCACGUCGACGACUUCCCCAGCCCCCGGCUGCUGGCCACCUACCUGAAAUUCCUCGAUAAGAACAAACCCAACUACAGGCGGUACUUUGCCUGGAGGAAGAAGUAUGAAGUCCACGUCACCUCGUUCUGGGACGAGCAUUUCUGCAAGGUCUGUGAGGCUGUUAGGGCAGCUGGGAAUCAAAUCAAGACUGUUGGAAAUCUGGCCAGCUGGUUCGAAAGCUGAUGUUCCUGGUGAGGCUUGCCUGGACAGCCUGGGCCAAGGGCCAAGGUGUUGGGGAGGAUGGGUCUCACAGAGAUCAUUAGCCCAGCUAGUCGGCGUUAGCCACACAGGACUGGCAACAGUUGGAGAAGCAUACAGGUACAGGAAAACAAGCUGUGAAAAACCUACAAAAGGAAGAUUUUUAUUAAAGAGAUAAUUAUGAAGAUACGAAGAGACAUUAUGCCAGACAAUUCCUAAAGAGCAAAGUUAAGUUUCCAAAAGCUGUACAGUUACAGAAGUUUCAAAGUUCUGCACAGCUCAACAUAAAUAUCCGAUGCCAAAUUCCUCAGCUGUACAGCUGAAACCAAUUUUGGCGGCUAUGACAACUUCCUGUACCGUGAAACUUUCCUCUUCUCACAGAGGAUACGUGAUCAGUGCUGGUUUUCUGUAAUGCUAAGACCAAAAUGAAUGUUUUAAACUGUUUUUUUAUGUGUGUGAAAGCUAUUUACAGACAAAUUCAGAGCCGCAAGUGUUGAAUGUACGAAUCUUAUGAUACAGUAGCACCUUUUAGCAAUGCUUGAAAUUCCAGCAGCCCUUUAAUAAUACUUUGAACCAAAUAAUUGUUCCGCUUGGGAAAAAGUGUAUGGAGGGGGCUGAAUCUGAGUGGACAAACAGCUCAGAUGAUGUAAAGUAUUUUUCCUACUACCUACUGAAACCAUAGGCGUAUUUAUCCUGUAUGGAAGUAGAGUAGAACUUCAAGUACAGGAAAACACAGACUGUAGGGAAGAAAGUUGGAACACUUCCACCCUCCCUUUAUUCAGGAAUUAGAAAAUGUUUACAGGUAUCUGCACAUUUUUCUCUGCAAAAUAUUUGCCAUACAGGAAAAUGCAGGGAAAGGCUCAGAAUGGCAGGGGUUUUAUUACUGUAUUGAAUAUAUAUACAGAAAGACUGACUUUUUUCUCAACUCUCAGUAGACAUUGUUGUGUAACAACUCUUUUGAUUUAUGCAUGCAUUUUUAAAAAUUCUGCUGGGGCAUAGACUAGUUAGAAUGCUGUUUUGUUGUUUUUAAAAUAGUAAUUACCAAAAUAUCCCCAAACUCCCAAAUCACUUUCAUUCAAAAAGAAAAUUACUGUAGAAGAUAAGAUCUACACUGCGGUUAAAAUACAGAUUGCGUGAGGAAAGAAUAUAAAAAGGGAAAGAUUUGCUAUUUUCUCUUCCUUUGGUUUUGCAGUCUUUUUCUGGCUCAUUUUUUUAAUCAAUAAAUAGGUUCUUAAGGUAGAACUCCCUUUGCUCAGUGCCUGCCAGGAACAUUUAUAGUAGUUAUUCCCUUUUAGACUCCCACAUUUUGCUGGAGCCAUCCUAGUAGUGGAUGUGUGGUUACUUUUUGGUUACAUGUAAUGUCGCUCAGCCAAAGCCAGAAAGAAACUUCAUUUGCAAUUGCACAUCCUCGCCAAGCUCAGCCUGCCUGUCUUUUGCAGCUAUGAAGUUUGGUGACAAAAAACGACAACCUACAAGAGACCUGCCCAAAUGAAUAAGGUAUUCAUUCUGCUGCUCUUUGAUACGUGGAGUCACUCAGAGACUUCAUUCAGAAUAAAACCAUGGGCACAGAACGGGUGGGAAAAGAAGAAAGUCAGUUGCAAAUAAAAGAUGGGUAUCAGAACAGGCAACCUCAGUGGCAUUUGUGAGUCAUAUUUAGGUUAGGAAAGGAUUAGAUUUGAUUUAAGCAGUAUGGGAUGCUGGAUGAGGGCUUUUAAGAUGCAUGAGCUGGCAGUCUACUGUAAUUUAUUUCUAGUUACAUGUUCUCUAUGAUUAGGUAAGCAUGGUGCCAAGAAUUAUUGAAAAAAAAACUCCCUAAUAAUAAUGAAAUUAAUAAUUUGCACAGUUUUACCAGUUCAGAUCUUGCAGGCUUCUGCAAUUAUUCCCUUCUGCUUUUCUGCGAGGAGGGUUGGCUGAAAGUACUUAAUGAACCUUUUUGUUGUCAGUGCCAGAGUUGCUGUAGAAUAUUUAUUGGGAAGGGAGUGAAAACAAUCUAUGCAAUGUGGGAUAUAGUAGGGAUGAUUCCUAAUGCUGCACAUUCACUUAAAGAGGUAUGAAGUGAUUGUUUGAAGUAAAAGAGUGUUCUUUAUGGCAUGGUCAUCUGUUUCUCGUACUACCCCAAUAAUACUGAGUUUGAUAUUUUUAAAACUCUAAAGUGUGGCAUUAACAGCAAUACCUAAGUGUCAGGAUGAUAGGGUCCCUCUUUUCCUUUGAAUUUAUAAUAUUUUUUUUCUGUUCAGUUUUUAUCAGAGUUCACAUAAUUGUAUACAAAAACCCAAUCUUAAAAGUGAUGAAAUAAUACUUAAGAUUGCACUACUUUUUUCAGUCUUCUGAAACUAGUGCAUUUUUUUCAGUCCUCCUAAUUUUUUUUAGCACUUUGUGAAAGUUUCCAGGCACACAGCUCCUCUGUGUAAUCAUUAGUAUUGCCAUAUGCAGAAGAUCAGGCUGCAGGAGCAUGGGAAUUUCCUGAGAUCACAAAUGUUACUUUUUUUCCUCAGCCUUUCUGAAAAAAGGAGUUGAAAUCUUUGAGGAAGUAUUUUUUGUGAAAUUCAGAAAAGAUCUACAAAGCAAUUAAAGCACCCUUUUUGUAAAGUGAUCAGAAUCGCACAGUGUUUACAAAUUGUGCACUGAGGAUUUUCAAGAACUGUACGAUGAAAACUGCAGAUUUGUAAUAAUUGCAGGGCACUUGCAUUGGGAGAAGAGAAGCCUUUUCUAAUUUCAUUAUUCUUACAUGGAUGUUGCAAAUUUGUGGCUCUCCGUUUGGGAGGCAACUCAGCCCAGGCCUGUAGCUGAAGUCAAUGUUACAGAAUUUCUAUAAAUCUCUGGUUUUUGGUGUCAUCUACACCGCAAGCUAAUAGUGUACUCUUACAGGCUAAGGACCAGCUUUUGUAAUGCACUUUGUAGAGCUCUAGUUCAGUAAUAAAUGUAAAGUUUGCCUGAAUGAACUGGUUUGUACAUUGGGUACCAGACUCUACAAGGUAUUGCAGAUGAUGUAUGCAAUCCAGGUGUAAAAAUUGGGGAAAGCUAUUCUCCAUUUUAAGUAGAAAAGUUUCCUGUAAUACAUUUUGAAAAAGUUUUUAUUCCAUGCCUUAAAAUAUUGGGGUGGAGGGAGAGAAAGGAAUAUCAUUAUCUUGUGGGUUUUAUAAGGUGAAGAAUUACCAUUACUUUUUGAUUAUAAUGUAAAUAGAAUAGAGAAUUGUGUGAUCACUUACAUUGAAUAUUGUAUCUCAGGGAAUUUUAUACUGGAAGGUGUCUUGAUCUCCAUAGAAUGAAGUAACUUUAUAUUAAUUAUAUAGAUUGACACAAUAAAAUUAAAGGAAGUAGUGCAAAACAA